UCUUGUUAUUGAAGAGCGGAAUCAGACGACCUCGUGGAUUGGGUCCCUUCCUUAUCUCCAUCGCCCUCCAUUAAUGCCAACUACAACGAAGACAUUUUAAAAGACAUCGAAACCACUCCCUCACCUACACUAUUCCUCUCCUCACGUACAAAAUUACCUUACGCACGACAACUCCAACCCCAAAAAGGCAGGCAGGCCAACGAAAGGAUCGAAGUCACACCCUGAUCCUGCCCUUCCUUUCGCUUCACAUGAACCCUCCGACUCACGAAUACUGUGUACGGGGGCGGGGACGCCGAUAUCGUAUCAAGCUCGUCCCGUCUGUCUGUCUGUUGUGCGAUCGUGGGGUUGUGGGAUCGUGGGAUCGGGAGUGUGAUAGGGAGGGUGAUAGGGAUUGGGAUGAGGGGGGAAGGGGGCGCACGACAUGGACGAUGUGUGGUUGACGGUGUGGGAAAGUUUAUGUGCUUAUGAUCUAUGCAUACGGCUGUGGUUUAUGCUGUUAUGCGUUGUUUGUAUGUACGCUGCAGUGUACAUGCGUAGCAAUGUGCUACUCACUACGCAGUAUGCAUUCGAAAGACAUGGUGCGAGCCAGUGGGUAACGUGUGUGGGGACGGAAUGUGGGGGGAGGUGAGGUGAGGUGUUGGUUGGUUGGUUAGUGGGUAGGAGGUGUGAUGACGUGCUUUGCUAUUUUUUGUGUUUCCUUUUUCUUUUUUAACUUCGGGGAGAACGAUUUGUGGUGGGUGAUGAUCGGUGGGGGUAGGAGGGGAGGAUUGAAGAGGUGAUGUGGUGAUGAUUGCAUGCGGGUGGGAUGAACGGUGGAGAUGGG